AUGAACCGCUUCAUUCGAGAAGGAAGGCAUGGAACUGUAACGGAAUAUACCGGCCCUUUCAAUGUCUCCUACAAUGAAGGACUCGGAAGACUCGAAGACCAGGGGUCUCUCUCAGGUUCGGAGGACGACGCUGUCUAUCUGUCCCAUCCGGAUGCAAACAAGAUGGACGCAGAUAUCGACGACGACACAAACACCUUCCUGACAUCCCAGACCUUGAAUGCGGAUGGUACGCCUAAGCGUCCCAUGAAUGCAUUCAUGAUUUUUGCUCGCAGGAGACGACCCCAAGUCUCCGCGGAAAAUCAAUCAAUGCGAACGGGGGAUGUCAGCAAAGUCUUAAGUCGAGAAUGGAAUGCUAUGGACAUGUCCGAGAAGCAGUUCUAUCUUGAUCAAGCCAAACACCUGAAGGAUAAUUUCAAUCUCAAGUACCCGGAUUACGUUUACAAACGGAGACCGAACAACAGCCGCAAAAAGCGAAGAGCAGACUCCACAGGCGUGACUGGAGACUCUGCUUCGACCACUGACUCAGUCGAUGAUCAAUCUUCCAAUCCAGAGUAUGGCGAGAUAUCUCCUGUCGAAUAUCAUUAUGAUUCUCAAGAAAGAUAUGAGAGCAGCGGACCAGAAGUCUGUACAUCCGCGGAAGUCACAUAUGAUGCUUCCUACUUGCCGCCGGCGCGAGUGUCGAGUUACCAACCGGCUGAUUCAUUGCCAUAUCAUGGUCAUAAUGCAAAUGACAGACGGGCACCGUACCUGUCCUCUCACGAGCGCAUCACGCCUGAUGCCGUUAUGGGCCCAUCCGCAUCCGCACCUCACGAAUCAACGAAUACUGCUUAUUUUUCCUCCUUCGUGCACAAUACAACCCAUGCUCCGCCAGCUUACUUGCCAAGUCAGAGUGGAAGCGAAGGGCAAUGGCACCCCUCCAGUCGUUCUAGUCGAGACGAUUUAGCACGCAUACCUGCCCAAUCUUGGUCGCAGAGUGGUUCAGAAUCGUCCUUACAAGCUGAAGGCGAUAUGCAUCGUCAGUACCAAGUAGCUCAGGCACCACCGUCAUCAUGGGGUGCUAGCCCCUCGGAGCCACCAGCCUCAAACAAUCCACCGGUCCAUUCCUCGGGCUAUGGCUUUGCCACGCUAAACUCUCCUUUCUAUCCGUCUCAGAGCAGCUCUCACAACACUUAUACAGCCCAACAAUCGCCAUCACAAAUAUCUGACGUUUCUCACCACUACGGCGCUGUUAACCACAUUCAAGGGAGCUCAGCGGCACCCAGACAAGAAGAUGCAUACCAUAGUCGUCAACAAUAUUCCACAGUUUCUACAAUCCCAGCGGGAUAUCCGCAAAGUAGUGGUACAACUAUGCAUCAAUACCACACGGAAUCUCGGAAUAUUCUUGCCCCGGCACCAUUUACACCUGUGCAAUCAAUGUCGGUAUACUCGCACACGCCGUCCAUGAACACAACUUCCCCCGCUGGAUCGGAAGCGGAUUCUGCCUCUCAACUCCAGUAG